AUUGAGUCACAGGAAACAGAUUCGUGGACUAUGAGGGGCUUCGCGCGACUUCGCGACUAACAUCAUUUGGCUCAAUGUCGCUUGCAUGGACCCUAUGACCAAAAUCGCUAAGUGCACCAGCCCUUACAGUAUCUUCACUCCGCCUGCACCUCCAGCGCCAAUAUCUUGACAGCCUCGGUGAACUUGCUGGCAGCGCACACGACUCUCAAUUGAGGACUCUAAGGCUUAAUGCUCGCUGACUUGACGGAAAUAAUCAAUUCAUUCAAGGUUCAUCAUGCCACCUGCGACUGCGCAGAGUAGUUCGGCUACUCAAAAGCUUGUGACCCCGGGGUUUAACGCCGGCGCAAGACCGUACAGGUCUCACAAAGUCAGGGCUUGUGACUUGUGUAGGAAGCGCAAGUCUCGAUGUACGGUGGAUAUCCCAGGCCAAUCGUGCCUUCUGUGUCGAGUUCAAGGGGCAGACUGCCAUUACCAAGAGGAAUCCAAUCACGAUCCGUCCAUUGCUAAUGCCCCCGAUCCCAAGAGAUGGUCCGUUGAUGAUACCGGGGAAAGCAUGUCAUCUGGCCAGAAGCGUAAGCGUACCCCCCACAGCGAUUCACCUCCCAGUUCCAAUCGUCCACGGGAAAGUAUUUCCACCUUACCCCGCGCGAAUUCCGCAGUGGACAACCGCGGUAGCGAACCCAGACGGCAAGGCCUUGAAGAUCCCCAUAAUGAAUCCGUUCAUAUUGUCGGCCCUGUUGUUGCGGAUGACGCUCAGGUAAUUGAGAGCUUCAUGCCGCCAGAGCAUUCCAACAAGAACGAGGACCCCAACAGUCAUCCAUACAACGUCUAUUCGAAUGAUCCGAGAAAACCAAUCCUCUAUACAACUAUUUCUAGACGGAGGCAGGGUAUGCGAGUCGGCAUUCCACCUGGAGAAAACCAGAAGGAAAUCCUUGAGCAGAUCCUUGGGCCUUUUAGGCAUGAUUUAGUUAGGCUCUUUAUAGACAGGUUUAACAUAGCAUUUCCGAUCUUUGAUGGUGAAAGCUUCUGGGAAGCAUACAUUUCGGAGGUCCCAGGCGAACCACCAGCGGCUCUUGUAUGCCAGGUCUAUUCCAUGUCCCUUGUCUACUGGAAGCAUGUGGCGAAGCUUGCCAGCCACCCUAAACCAGAUGUCCGGUAUGCGGUCAACAUGACUGUAGCCGCUCUCCAUGAGGAAUUUUCUGCCCCGGGACUAUCGACCAUAAGUGCUGCUCUGAUUGACCUGACUGGAAGACCUAUCUUUUCCAUGACCGGCAACGCAAUCAGUUGCGGUCGAAUGAUAUCUCUUGCCCACUGCCUUGGUCUGAAUCGUGAUCCCAGUCACUGGAAGGUGUCUCGGCGGGAGAAGGAUCACCGUAUACGAUUAUGGUGGGGUGUUGUAAUACAUGAUCGCUGGGGGAGCUUUGGUCACGGUGUGCCUCCUCAAAUCGCCAAGAAUCAAUACGACGUCCCACUCCCCACCAUCGAUGGGUUGUUACCACAAAAUGGUCGCACUACUGAACGCGUGAGGGCCGCUCAUUGCCAUGUUGCGUUAUGUCGCUUGACAGAGAUCCUCGGCGAGCUGAUGCCUCUUGUGUACGGCUUACAACACCGGUUAUCACGCGAGACUUCCAAAAGAUUAAGACAAAUCCGCACUGAUCUUGACAUGUGGGAGGAUUCUCUCCCUGACUGGUUGAGAUCACCUUUGAACACUGGGUCGGAGGAACGUAUCUCAGGGACGAGCAGCUUACAGCUGGCCUUCCUGGCUGUCAAGAUGCUUGUAAGCCGGGUAGAGCUAAAAGAGGUAAACAGUGCGGAUACCGACAACCCGGAGGCCCGGCGCUAUUUCCAGACAGAAUGCCGACGUUCCGCUGAAGAAAUUGUACAAUUCAUCUCUUCACUCCGCAAAGAAAACUUCCAAGAAUUCUGGCUGCCAUAUAGCGCCUUCCACCUCACAUCUACCGCCACUCUUCUCGUCCGCUGCGCUUUGGAGACCACGGAUACAGAUGUAGCUCGCUCUUGUAUCAACAACGUGGAAAUGUUCCGAAGCAUUUUACGCCGUGUCAGAGAAGAGGAGGACUGGGACGUAGCGGAUAUGUGUCUAGAUCACUGCGAUCGGAUCCUCAACAGACUCCCUGGAAACGGAAGCACCCCUGACCUCAACUUCAGUGGUGUCGUGCAGCCCGAUAAUCGCCUGGUGAAUCCCGCUGCCAUAUCGCUUCCCGAGACACAGACCAAUAAUGAUAUCGUUGAUGAUAUGAUGUCUAUCUCAGGGACGUUUGGUACGAUGGACGGUUUUCCGUUUGAUAUGACGGGUAUCUGGGAUGUCUCUGUCUUCCAGGAUGUGAAUUUAACAUGAUGUACGAUCCCAGAAAGAUAAGCCUGGAGGAUUUCUCUUUCAAUUAUACCCAGUGUACUUCAUAUAUAUAUAUUCUGUUUU